GCCUCUCUCACCAGACUCCCCACAACUGCUACUGCGUUUAGCACAUUCUCUGUACCGGACGGCUGGAACAGAACACCCCUAUCCACCGGGCGAGACUAACUUGACGUUACUUUCCUCUCGUAAUCGAUUCAACCCCGCAAACCUAACAAUCUGCGAUAGCGGCAGAGAGCUCGUUGUGCUGAGGCUGUGGAAAGCGGAUCGGGUCCCAGCAGCGCAGCAGUAGUCCAGGAGGAGCUGGCUAUGCUGUUUCUCUUGGCUUGAAUUUAUUUGGGGGGUAGCGGUUUCGCUGCGUCUCUCAGUGACAUUGCGGUUGGAAGAGCCGGAGGUUUCGGUUUCGAAGAUGGCGGAGAACCACGUCAACACUUCAACGACAGCAGCUACUAACGCAAUGACAUCACCUUUAACUCCUGAAAAGAGGCCUCAGAGUAAUGGUCACGCCUCACCAACUCACCAGAAAAACAAUCAAGGCAGCCCUUCAGUAAAACCGACGGAUGCCCUGACUCCACCCACUGUCACAGAAAAGAAAACUCAGACCAAUGGACAUGCAUCACCAUCACGCCAUCCAGCCAAUACCAACGCAACGCAAGCAGAUUUGGAAGGAUAUUUGAAGACCGAUGACAGGAUGAGACUUGCCAAAGAGAGACGAGAGGAGAGGGAGAAAAGUUUGGCCGCACGGGAGCAAGCUAUAAAGGAGAAGGAGAGACGGGCACAACUGCAGUAUGAGAAGACUGUUGAAGAGCGAUGGAAGCGGCUGGAGGAGCAGAGGCAGAAGGAGGAGCUUCGCAGAGCAGCCGUGGAGGAGAAGAGGAGACAGCAGCUGGAGGAGGAGAAGGAGCGUCUGGAGGCUCUAAUGAGGAGAUCACUGGAGCGGAGCCUGCAGCUGGAGAACAGGAAUAAACGCUGGGUUUGGGGUCCCAAUGGCCCCACUCAAGGUGAAUGGGAGAAUGCCCCGCCUCCUCUCCUCCCCCAUGACCUCGCUGCCCCCUCGCCUGCUGCCAUCGAAUCAGGCAACGCCUGUCAUGGUCAUCUGAAUAUGGACAAAGUAAAAGCGAACCGUCUCCUUACACACACACACUCUUCACUGGCUCGCUGUAACAGUGCUGCAGAGCUGAAUCUGUUGUGUCUGCGCUGCAAAGUGCCCUCCAGUCCUCACAGGUCACCAUAUCGAGGGUCACCGAGCCGCCGCAGAAAUAAUCCUGUUCAGGCAGAAGAGUCUAGUGGAGCUGUCAGUGCCCCCAACACCCCCAAGAAGGAGAGACUGCGCAGAGAGAGGAGGACUGGCUCUCCUGCCACAGGUUCACCAAUCAGACGAGCCAAAUCUCCUGCUGAUUUCACUCGCCGCUCUGCUUCACCUGCAACACCCAAGUUAUUGCCGAAAAGUCGUACUCAGUCCCCCUGUACAGUGCGGCAGUUUCCUCCAUCCCCUAUGAAACACAGAAUCACCCCAGCCUUCAGUGAGAGCAGCAAGAAUACAGAAGACAAACAAGCUGAGGACGUAAAGGAGAGGAAGUCUGUCAAGGCUGAAAUCCAUCAGAACAAGAGUCUUAACAGUGAAAGCUUGGACAAGUCUCCAAAAAUAGAGCCACCUGUUUCCAGCACACCACCACCAGAAAGAAGAACAGUUAAGAUAGAAUAUAAUGGGACUAAUGGAGCAAAAGAUAAAACGCGUGUAGCUUUGGAAAACCAACAGAAAAAGAUCGACAGAACUGAGACCAUCCUAAAUCAACAUCCUAAAUCAAACUGCACUGAUGUGACUGCAAACAAGAGUGCAGACGCUUCACCUGUAAACUCCGCUGGCAAAGUGAUUGCAGGAACGACAGAUGCUGAGGAGGCGUCUCGUCUGCUAGCAGAACGCAGACGUCUGGCCAGAAUGCUAAAGGAACAGCAGGAGAAACAGCGCAGAGAUCUGGAGGAGCAGGAGAAACUAAAGAGUGAGCAGCUGAAAAAGAGGCAGCUGGAGGAGAGAGCUCGACAGGAAGAGAAAAUUCGUCAAGCAGAGCAGGAGAAAUGCAGACUGGAGCAGCAGCAGAAGAAGAGAGAGCAGGAGGAGAAAAAACUGAAAGAGAAGGAGCUCCAAGCCCACAUGGAGAAAGAGAAAGAGGAGGCUGAGAGUCGUGCUCAGAAAAAUGCUGAGCGUGAGCGGCAGGAGAGAGAGCUUUUCAAGCAGCAGGAGGAACAGGAGAGACAACAACGAAAAAAGAGAAUUGAGGAAAUAAUGAAGAGAACCAGGAAGAGUGACAGCGAGAUGAAGAGAGAUGGAAGCCCAGAGGCCCUUUCUCCUGUCUCGUACCCUGGCUCUCCUCCAGGCAGUAACCAUUUGACCUCAAGUACUGAGCUCAAAUCUCCACCUCACCUUCUGCAGACAAACUCCAUGAAUGGGCAAACCUACAAACAGGAGAUUACAGGAAAAAGACCAGAGACUGGGUGUACAAAUGAACAAGUAAAGUCACCUUCUCACAUACCCAUUAAAAAACCCUCCCCAAAUGGCCAAAUGAACACAAGCCCAACUGCGGCGAAAACAGAAGAGAAAGGAAAGGUAAGUGAGGAAAGCGCCAAGACUAUCAGACAAGACACUGAACAUUUCAGGACGCAAAGUUUACAACCAAAAGAAGAGGCGAAGGUGCAGAUAUCACCACCGAAAUGCUCACCAAUACACACAGUAGCAAAUAUUAAUAUUACCAUGACCCAAACAUCUUCCCAAAUGAAAGUCCCUCCAAAUAUACCACCUCGCAGCUUUCAAGAAAACAAUCUGACCAAUGGAAAAAGCCAAACCCUCACUCAGGUGGUCAAACAGGAGUCCGGCAACCAAGCAAAAAUGUCUUUGACUGUACAAAUGAACGGACAAGCCACAAAUCAGGGAUCCAAGAAGGACAUCACUGUGAAGAAACCAGACAUCCCUCAUGCCAAUGGACAGAGCAGCUCAACUGCAACUGUCCCACAAGUGAAGAGUGUCACUCAGGCUGGAGGACAUUUGAUAACUCAGGCCAAAUCAAAGGAUGGAGGAAAAGACAGCCCACCUUCUUCACUGACCCCACUGCCAGAGUCAAAGCCCCCUCUGCCUCUCAUUCAUCUGGACACUGUGGAGGGAAAGAGCGGAGCGGCAGACGACUCUGCAGAUGAAGUGCAGUACAUGGAGGUUAGCCCCGUCUCGAAGGAGGAGUUGAUCUCUAUCCCAGAAUUCUCCCCGGUGAACUCACCCCAGCAGAAUGGCACGAGUAACAUGCGCGCUCUUGAGGACCUGCUGGAUCUGACGGGGCAAGUAGCUUAUCCUAGACUCUCUUCUGCAGCCAGCCUGGGCGACUGCAACAAAAACCUCAUAGAAGGGAUCUGUAGCCCUGGAUCUGACUCUAAACUCCUCUCCUCCCAUUCUCCAGCCGCUGAGAAACGCCAUGUACAAUAAGGUAAUAUGACAGACUACAUUGGUGUCUCUGAGUGCAGCGGGCUAAUUGCUGAUCUGUAUCAACUGAAAAAAGUGAAAACAAAGAUGCCAGAGAAGGAGAGAAAUACUGCUGGGCAGGAGUGUGAGAUUUGUCAAGUUUCAGUGUUGUCCUCAUUAAAAAUGAUGUCCUUCUGCCUUUAAUCUCUACAGCACAAAAACCAAGUGUAUCGCAGUCCUGGGUCAGUAUUAUGGACAGAAUUGAACUCAUGUGUGAAGUUUUCAAGUGUGUAUUGUGUGUGUGUGUGUGUGUGUGUGUGUGUGUGUGUAUGUUUAUAUACAGCCAUGGAUAGCCAGAAUUGCUGGCAAGAGGGUUUGGACAUAACACUUUGAAGGCAUCUGAAGUCAUGACGUCUUCAUCACUGGAUAAAGGUGCAACAUUGACUGGUUACUCUUAAAUAAUUUUAGGAAGCAAAAUUGUAUGAUGUAAUAAAUAGUGUAAUACGAUAUCUUCUUUGUAGUUAGAAACACAUAAAAAGGUGUCUUUGCCAGUCGACUUAUUCUCUCAUCGAUAACAGUAUUAUUAUAAACUGUUUUGUUGAGUAAUUGCUGUGUAUCUUAAGCUCAAGUAACAUCUCCUGCAUUGCAUUGAACCCCCGUUUGCUAAGUGCUUGCACCACAGGACAUUAGGGAAAGAUGACCACCGGUAAAUACAGCAUGUAUAUUAUUAAAAAAAAUUGAAAAGCCCUGGAUUACCAGUAAUUAAGUGUCAAAUUUAUCUUCCGGUGUCUUCACUGUGCUUAACAAUGUAGAUUCAGUUCUUUCUGACAAAUGUAAAUCAAUUAUAUUAGAGGUCUGACUUUAUUCCUUGACAUUCAAAGAAAGUUUUAUGGCCCAAACCAAAAAGCCAUCUGUGUGCUUUUGCUUACCUGAACACUUCAGUGGACUGUGUUGCAGGUGUAAAUGUCUGAAGAGGGUGGGUAUGAGAGUUGAUGAAAAUGUCGUUAAAUUGUUCUGUAUAGAGUGGAUGCACAAAACAGCUUACUUGAAAAUAACUGUAUCAUUUAGCCUGCAGGGAACUUCUACAUUUCUCCAAGUGUCUCCGCUUCUAUCUCUGAGUACAGUAUAGCAGUGAUUUCAAGUUGUGAUUGCUGUAGAUGAUGUGCAUGGUGGCAUGAGCAUCAAGCCAUAAAUAUAUGCCUAGAAAUAAACCAAUAAACUGUCUUUACCAGCU